AGGUGGCCUCGCAGCGCAAAAAGAGCUUUGUUUUAAAAAUGCCCAUGGAGUUGACGCAGAGCCGCAUCCAGAAGAUCUGGCUGCCCAAUGACAACCGGCCGGCCCUGCCCCGACGUCCCUGUGGGCCGCAGCUUGCCAACUCGCCCACCGUGAUAGUGAUGGUUGGCCUCCCAGCCCGUGGGAAGACCUACAUCUCCAAGAAGCUGACCCGCUACCUCAACUGGAUUGGUGUCCCCACGAAAGUUUUCAACGUGGGUGAGUAUCGCCGCGAAGCCGUGAAGCAUUACAGCUCCUAUGACUUCUUCCGCCCCGACAACGAGGAGGCCAUGAAAGUGAGGAGGCAAUGCGCCCUAGCUGCCUUGCGGGACGUCAAGCUGUACCUGACAGAGGAGGCCGGCCAGAUUGCGGUUUUUGAUGCCACCAAUACAACACGGGAGAGGCGUGGGAUGAUCUUGAACUUUGCCAAAGAAAAUGGAUUCAAGGUGUUCUUCAUUGAGUCUGUCUGCAAUGAUCCCACUGUAGUAGCUACCAAUGUCAUGGAAGUGAAGUUGUCCAGCCCAGAUUACCGGGAUUGUAAUUCGACCGAUGCCAUGGAAGACUUUAUGAAGAGAAUCAAUUGUUACCAGGCCAGCUACCAGCCACUUGACCCAGAUGACUAUGAUCGGGAACUUUCUCUCAUCAAAGUCAUCGAUGUUGGCCGGCGGUUCCUGGUCAACAGGGUUCAGGAUCAUAUCCAGAGCAGGAUCGUUUACUACCUAAUGAACAUCCAUGUCCAGCCCCGCACCAUUUAUCUAUGUCGGCAUGGUGAGAGCGAGUUCAACCUCAAGGGGAAGAUUGGAGGUGACUCAGGGCUCUCUAACAGGGGUAAAAAGUUUGCAUUGGCACUGAACAAGUUUGUUGAAGAACAGAACCUAAAGGACCUCAAAGUCUGGACCAGCCAACUAAAGAGGACAAUACAGACAGCAGAAGCUCUCCAGCUGCCCUACGAGCAGUGGAAGGCACUCAAUGAAAUAGAUGCUGGUGUUUGCGAAGAAAUGACGUAUGAAGAAAUCAAGGAGCAGCAUCCAGAGGAAUUUGUUUUACGUGAUCAGGAUAAAUACUAUUACCGCUAUCCUUCCGGAGAGUCCUACCAAGAUCUAGUGCAGCGACUAGAGCCAGUCAUCAUGGAGCUGGAGAGACAAGAGAACGUCCUUGUGGUCUGUCACCAGGCUGUCAUGCGCUGUCUCUUAGCUUACUUCCUCGACAAGAGUGCAGAUGAAAUGCCUUACCUGAAAUGUCCCCUUCAUACAGUGUUGAAGCUGACCCCGGUAGCUUAUGGCUGCCGGGUGGAGUCCAUCUCUCUGAACGUUGAAGCUGUUAACACCCACAGGGAACGGUCAGAGGAAGCAAAGAAGGGACCUAACCCGCUCAUGAGACGUAAUAGCGUUACCCCUCUAGCAAGCCCAGAGCCCACCAAAAAACCUCGCAUCAACAGCUUUGAGGAGCAUGUGGCUGUUUCUUCCGCCCUGCCAGGCUGUGUUCCUCAGGAAGUGUCCACGCAGAUGCCGGGACAACCUUUUCUAGGGAAGGCAUGCCUAACAUGAACAACUCGCAGAAGCUGUCGUGA